CUCUUACCCUUGCUCUCUUUUCCCCGACUCCCUCCCUCCCUCCCUCCCUUGCCCCUUAGCUUUUCUCCCUUCUUUCCCUUCUCUCUUCAUUUUCUGUGUUUGAAUGGAGAAGAUGGGUUCCCCGGAACCUGCACACCCGUCGCCGGGUGCAGGGCCCGUUGCUGGGGUUUCUGUUACCAAGACAGCAGGGGUUGAGGGAGACGAGGCAGUGGUAGCGGUCAGCUCCAAACUGUUUCGGUGUGCAUGCGUUAGACGUUGGCUACCAUUGGUCUACAGAGAAGAACUUUACCAAGUCUUACAGCUCACAGGCCCAUUGCUGUUGUCCCGGAUUUUGUACUUCCUCCUGCCAUUUGUCAUCACCAUAUUCUGUGGUCACAUUGGAAAUGCAGAACUGGCUGGAUAUGCGCUGGCCUCAGCGUUACAACUUACUGCUCAUCUUGCAACAAGAGGAUGAGGUGGCGAGAAUUGCCCACCUCUACGUGAUGGCGUUUCUACCAGCUGUUCCAGCUAUGUUCCUGCACCAGCUGCAAGUUUCCUACCUACAAAACCAAGGGAUCAUUCUGCCUCAGAUGUACACAGCAGCAGCAGCAAACCUUAUUAACUUGGCGGCCAACUAUGUCUUAAUCUUCAGCCUUGAGUUGGGUGUUGUUGGAUCAGCAAUCGCUAACAGCCUGUCUCAGAUCACUAUCUGUCUGCUGUUGUUUGGCUACAUAAGAUGGAAGAAGCUCCACCAGCAGACAUGGGAAGGUUGGUCCACUGACUGUCUGCAGGAGUGGGGCUCCUAUAUGAAGCUGGCUAUUCCCAGUGCUGUCAUGGUCUACUUUGAGUGGUGGAUCUGGGAGAUUGGAGGUUUUCUUGCAGGUGUACUUGGCGAGGUGGAUCUUGCUGCCCAGCACGUGUUGGUGGAAAUAGGAACCAUAACAUACAUGUUCCCUUUAGGUGUCCAUGCAGCUGCCUGUGUGCGUGUUGGGAAUGCUCUGGGCGCUGGGAACACUACCAGGGCAUUAGUUACUUGCAAAGUGGCCCUGGUUCUAUCAGGAUCGCUUGCUGUGCUUUUGGGUGGGUCUCCUUAUUUGUGUUUUCUUUGAGACGGGUUUCUUCCUCAUUGUAAUCUUCAAACUCAACUGGAAGAAAGUCACACACAAGGCUCAACUGCGAGCUGGAAAGAAAGUGGUGAUGAUACCAAACCGUCCUAUUAGUACAGUGCUGACUGAAGCGAUGGUUCCUGACAUCUCUGACUGCCCUAAUACAGCCCAGUUGGACGGUGAAGACGCCUCUAAAGCAGAUGGCUACAGUCCAGUCAACACCCAGGAUCAGGAGCUGAAAGCGGGUCAUGAGGCCGAGGGCAACAACACAAACACAGGAGGGACUGAGGGAGAUGCUGAGCAGAGCAAAAAUGCUUCAAACACCAAACCUCAAUUGCUGCUUUCUGUCACUCAGCUCAUCUUGCGUCGGGGACUCAUCUUCUUGAUUUUUGUUCUCAUUUUGGUCAUAGGUGUCGCUUUCCACAUUGCUUUCCCUUCACCGGAGCCUUCUGCCCAGCGCUGGGCCAACUUAACCCUGCACUGGGCCAAUGACUCCACUCCUACACCACUGGUUCCACUCGACCUGACCCUACACCUCUGAGCUAUCUCUGACCUCUGAAUGUAGACAUCCUGGGGCUGAACGCAGUUCUCACAGUUUAGAUCUUCUAGAGAGAAAAGUGUUGAAUUCCUGUCUUAAGUUUUGCACUCUAAUAAUAGACUUUGUAAAACUACAGUCUGAAAUGGGCUACCAGCUUUGUCUUGUUUGGGAAAAAUAUGUUUCAGUGCUGCACUGCUGAGCAAAGCCACAGAAAGCUGGAAGCAAUAUCAAAUGAGACUGGCAGGAUGAACAAAGGUCUUGUUUCAAAGAUCAUGUUUUAACCUCCUCAGCCUGAGAUCCUCAACUGGAACUAGAAGACACAUUACAAAUCCCUCACAAGAGACCACGUGGGCAUUAAGGAACAGAUGUUUUUCCACUGAUAGCUUUUGAUUUUUCCACCUUCUCUUGUCUUGAUUUUCACAUUGCACUAUGACAUUUAUUUUCUUUAUUACUGACCCCAAAUGAUUUUUCUUGUGUUUUAACUGUGUAAGAUUCAUUGUAAAUAUCUGAUGUAAAAUAUACAUGUAUACAUGUAAAUAUGUAAUACACGUAUAACUAUAUGAGCAGUAUAUAGUAUUACUGUAUUGUCUUCCUGUAUCACUGUAACUCUGCCCUAUGGUAUUCUUCAGGACAGAGGUGAUUGAUAAAUAAUUAGUUAUUAUUUUUUAUUGUAUAAAUCUGACCAAUAUUAUAAUGUUCUGCCGUAUGACAGCACUCUAAUCAAUAAAAAUGACGUUUAAAGUGUAUAACAAUAAAACUAAUCACAGGGAAGCUCAUGCAUGUUCAGCUCCAAAUGCCAAAAAUAUAUUACCAUAGUCUGUAGUCUGAAGGAAACGAAUCCAAACUAUGUCCCCAAAGAGUCAAAAACCAUUUCCUGAGGUCAUCUAACAGCUGCCAUAAAGACCUGAUCCUGCUUUAAUCAUAUCAAAGACUUCCACUUUACCAGACACACAUUGUCAAAAAUGACACUACACAAACAGAGGCACCAAACCCAGGUUUAAAUUUCAUCAUGCUCAUUUAAAGUGUAACUAAAUAUGGCCGUGUGGCUAUGGAGUCUUUGAUGUGGGAGGUAACACCGACUAGAGUCCCUUAGAGCUUUGACAGUCACUUGAACACAUACAAGGUCUGUUGCAGAACUUUCUGUGCGGUAUAUGUGUUACAUUAGCUAAGCUAGCAUCUCAAAGAGACUAACACAUCGGUGUCUGUGGGGGACAAUCAGGCUACUGAAACUGGUCUUGUUUAAUAGCUAAUUUAUUAUAAAACAUUGAUUUAGCCACUGUUGUUUAUGGACAUACAUAGCUUCCGCCCUUCAAUAUGGCACUUGAUGUUAAAACGUCAAUGCCAGACCUCAGUAAAUAAUGUCAUAACUGAUGUCAUACUCUGUACUUUAGUGAUUGGUAAAAGGCAAUCAGUGGAAAUAUUGAUUUUUUUUGUCAUUCAGGAGAAGAGGCAAUCACUGCUUUCUGUCAAAUAACAUAUACUAUCCACAGUGAUAUAUAAUAUAUCAUAUUUGACCCAAAAUUGCCACAAGACGCUUUUUUGCAAAAGAUCAGUGCUGUAUAAUUAAAUUUGGGCGUGUGAAGAAGCCAUUUCUUGACUGCGUUUCACUAUAAUAAUAUGUAAUAUUAUUAACUACAUACAUAAUUUAACUGAAUUCCAGGUGUGUUAUUAUAUUGCAUGGUGACAAAAACAAGAAGUUAAUAUGAGAUUGCUUAAGAUACUGUAUCACAAGUUCUAGUCUACCAAUACUGACAGCAAAUCUUUACACAGUCACUUGUUAAUGAUGCCACAGCAUGUUACUGAUUGCAGACUCUGGAGGUGAGCGGGCCAAGAUUAUAGUCUCUGUGAGGAGCCUGUUGCAAUGUCUCUGCUGAUGAGCAAGACUGAAGCUCAGACAACAACGUAACCAUGUAUGAAUCAAGCCUGAUUUACAUGUUGAAUAACGAUAAAUUAAUAUGCAAGUUUUUAUGUGACUGUUGCAAACAUCAAUCUGUUGCAAGCCAGUGCUGAUCAGUUUGGAGAGUGCAGUGGCUUGUGAGAGCAAUGGCCAGAGUGGCAAGAAAAAAAUCCCUUCAGGGGAGCCUGACUGUGGCAUAAAUUCAGACAGGACUAGACUAAAUAUUUCGAGUAUUUACCAAAAAUGUUAUUUGAGGCUAAUCGAAAUACAGUGUACCUGCUGUCCAUUACCUACUUAACACCAACAUUGAUAUGGUCUUAUACAAAGCAGCCCAUUAUUAUUUUUAUAUUAGUAUGAAAGUGAACAAAUGUAGUUCAACAUUUUGGGAAAUACGGUUAUUCGCUCUCUGACGUACAGUUAGAUGAGAAGCAGUCUCAGGUCUGUAUUGUAAAUAUGAAGGUGUGGAUGAGGUUUUCUGCCAGAAAGGCUUUCUAACAUAUGGUUAACGCUGAGAAUGGGUGUAUUUUAAACCACUGUAUCUUCCCAACCAAGUAGUUUUGUUGCCUAACCCUAACCAAACUGCGACUGCUAACUAAAGAUAAUAAAUAAUGUCUACCAGUAGGGAUUAAUCAAAUGAAACAUAACUUGUUAAUUUGGGAGCUCCUGAAGUGCCAGAAAAUGUUUCCCCCCGGUUUCUGUCUUUGUGCUAAACUAUACUAACUGGCUAGACAUGAGUGGUAUCAAUCUUCUCAUUUAACUCUUCCAGAAGGCAAGCAUUUCUCGAAAUGUUGAGACAUCUUUUUCAUAGAUCUGUAGAGGAACAACAUAGAUAGGCUACAGAGUACGUAUUUCAGAAAAAAUCCUACAUGGUUAAUUGUUUGCUGUUAACUAGAGUGAAUAAUUUAUGAACAGGAUAUAACCGUGUAGCCUGAGCUAGUUAUCUGCUCCUGCACAGUGUGAACAGGUGGUUGAUUUGCUCAGUUUGACAUGUCUUCAUCCAGCCAGCAUGUUGCAGUGUGAGUGUACAGACCUUUCAUUAUCGUCAAAUUUGGCAACGCAGAUCAAAGGACAGAAAAAUAAACCACAGAAAAAGAACCUCUUUUCUGUCUUUGAUGAUGAAAGCAUGCAUCCACAGAUGCGCUGUAGCCUAAAUAUAGCCUUUAAUCAUGCUAUUUCUAAUUGUAGCAUCCAUUCAGACUAUAUAAUUCAUAAUGAGAACACAUAUUUCGUCAGUAUUUUGAUUGGAGCCCAUCUUACUAUAUAAAUGAGACAUGCCUGUACAGUAUUUUUUCAGUUAUCAUUUUCAUUGGCUGCCUCAAUUAAGUUAUAUUUCUUAUUGGAUUUUUCCAAAACAUGACUAAUGUAGCAACUCCAAAAGUGACUGGGAUUGAUCUAUUAAAUAGAUGAAAGCAACAAAGAGCUAGGAGAAUGACACUAAAUGCUUUUAUAACAGAACUCCUCUCUGAAGAUAAUUGUGACGUUGAAGACAAUCCCUUAAGUGUGCAGUAAUGACAGGAAAUUUACCGAGGCGGUCUACAAGAAGGGCCAAAGCCGACUCUUUUUC